AUGACAAAGAAUCUGAAUGUUGCAAUGAAGCACAUAAUCAAUGAUGAUGGGUCUGGGACACUUUUUUUGAGAAGGGACUUAUGCUCAAAGGAAAGGAGUGGAAGUUGUUCUGGAGAGACCAUAAAAAGGAAAAGGGGUUUUGACCUAGAAAGGCCUACUGAGAGAGACAUUUUUUAUGGCGGCUGUGAUGAACAUGAGGCAGGACUUACCUCCUACACUGCACUAGAGAGAUGCAAAAUAAGCAGCAACAAUGAUGAUGGUUAUGAUGAAGACGUGGAAGUGGAUUUGACUCUAAGCAUAGGAGGAGGAAGCCAAGUUAAUAUUAACAAGAAUAGAAGUUGUAACAAACCUUAUCUACUUCCAUUGGGGUACUUAGACUCACCCAAUGGGAAAACUAAGGACCUAAAUUCUUCUGUCUCUUUCCAAUCCUACAGGGUGGGAGAUUUCAGUGACCCCACCACCCCUAUGAGCAGCUCAAGUGUGACAUUUGAUCAAGAGAGAAAGGGGCCACAUUGGAUUUCUCAAGGUUUAAAGCUUAAAUAG